UAAGGGAAGCAGGUGGUUGUGCAGCUACUUAGCCCUCACCUGUUUGUGGCCAGCAGGCAGUACAGGACGUGAAAAUCUGAGAAAUGAACAAAUUACGGCAGAGCUUUAGGAGAAAGAAAGAUGUCUAUGUCCCAGAGGCCAGCAGGCCUCAUCAGUGGCAGACUGAUGAAGAAGGCGUUCGUACUGGCAAGUGUAGCUUUCCUGUUAAGUACUUGGGACAUGUCGAAGUGGAUGAGUCCAGAGGAAUGCAUAUCUGUGAAGAUGCUGUGAAGAGGCUGAAAUCUGAAAGGAAGUUCUUCAAAGGCUUCUUUGGAAAAUCUGGGAAGAAAGCCGUCAAAGCUGUCCUGUGGGUUUCGGCGGAUGGACUCAGAGUUGUAGAUGAGAAAACAAAGGAUCUUAUAGUUGAUCAGACAAUAGAGAAGGUUUCUUUCUGCGCACCAGACAGGAACUUUGACCGGGCGUUCUCAUACAUCUGCCGAGAUGGCACAACGAGGCGCUGGAUCUGCCACUGCUUCAUGGCUGUCAAGGACACGGGGGAAAGGUUGAGUCACGCCGUGGGCUGUGCAUUUGCAGCGUGCCUGGAGCGAAAGCAGAAGCGAGAGAAGGAGUGUGGAGUGACUGCCACCUUUGAUGCCAGCAGAACCACAUUCACUAGAGAGGGGUCAUUCAGGGUCACUACAGCUACUGAACAAGCAGAGAGAGAGGAAAUUAUGAGACAGAUGCCGGAUGCUAAAGCAGUUGAAACAGAAGUGAAAACAAUAGCACCAGGUGCUGCACCAAACAAUACUGCCCCCUCUUCUGGCUCACCAACCUCUCCUACUGCUGAAGUUGCUGCCUCUCUGGAUAAAGAAAUGAGCAACCCCCACGCUAUCCCUCGGCGGCACGCCCCUAUAGAACAGCUUGCCAGGCAAGGCUCUUUCAGGGGCUUCCCCGCCCUCAGCCAAAAGAUGUCUCCUUUUAAACGCCAGUUGUCUUUGAGAAUAAAUGAGCUGCCUUCAACAGUGCAAAGGAAGACUGAUUUCCCCAUGAAAAACUCAGUCCCAGAGGUAGAAGGGGAAACAGACAGCAUUAGUGCCCUGUGCUCUCAGAUCACCAGUGCUUUCAGCACACCAUCAGAAGAUCCUUUCUCUUCGGCCCCCAUGACAAAACCAGUGACAGUAGUUGCACCACAGUCUCCUGCCUUUCAAGUUAAUGGCACUGCCUCUGCCUUCUGUGUGCUUGCUGCUAAACCAUCCCAAGCUGCUGUAGUGUCCACAGCUAUGCCAGUUCGUGAAACCAAUCCUUGGGCUCAUGCUCCUGCUGCUAAUACUGGAGCUGCAGCCGUGGUCACUGGCACCGAAUGGAGCAGCACCUCCUCAGGUGCAGCCUCACCAAGUCUCUUCCAAGGAAAUCACAGACGUACUCCCUCAGAGGCAGACCGCUGGUUGGAAGAGGUCUCAAAGACUGUCAGAGCCCAACAGCAGCCAACCUCAGCCCCAGCGCCACAGCCACUGCUCCAGCCUCCUCCAGCAGCUCCAGCCUCCCAGUCAGCGCCAGCCUUCCCAGUCGGCACCUUCAUUGCGCCUCAGCCUGUGCCGGUGGGCGUGGUACCGCCCAUGCAGCCAGCGUUUAUUCCAGCCCAGCCCUACGCUGUAGCAAACGGGAUGACCUAUGCAGCCCCAAGCGUCCCUGUGGUUGGGAUCACACCUUCCCAGAUGGUGGCCAACGUCUUUGGUACUGCCAGCCACACUCCAGCGGCCCACCCGCACCAGUCCCCCAGCCUGGUGAAGCAGCAGCCGGCCCCUCAGUACGACAGCAGCAGCGGCAGCGCCCCCCCCCCCCCCCCCCCCCCGGCCCCGGCCCCGGCCGCCCCCGCCCCGCAGGUCGACCCCUUCGAGGCGCAGUGGGCGGCGCUGGAGGGCAAGGCCAAGCAGCGCACCAACCCCUCCCCCACCAACCCCUUCUCCAGCGACCUACAGAAGACGUUCGAGAUCGAACUUUAAGCGGUCCGUUGUACAUUAGGAUAGAGGGAUAAAGGGAGCAGAGGGGACUGUUUCUCAUCAGUUUGCUUUGAUAAUCCCAAAGGUCCCUUCAAACUAAAAUGGGUUAGAAAGGAGGGAGCAGUUACGGGGAGGAUGGAAACACACAGAGAAUUUAAUGUGCAGUUCUUAAAAGGAAUCCUGGAGCCACCCCAGUCUGCAUUCCCUCCUCUCCUGGAAAGCUGGAAGUCAAAUGGAGCAAAGAAAGGCACCCAGUCCCGAAGCCUGUUCUGCAGAAACAUCAAUCAUCUCACAGAAGGAAAGGCAGAUGUUUGUACCUGUGUCCUCCUGAUGCCCUGCAAGCCCUGGAUGUUCCCCCUCAGGGAAGAAUCGGGUAGGGUGGGGGGUGGAUAUGGGUGGGAUGUUGUCACCUUAGCAAAAGCUAGGUUUGUGGAAAAAGUUGAGCUUCCAUUUUGAGUAACAAAGUGAAUAUUAUAUGUAAAGAAUAAAGUAAAGCCAAAAUCUUUAUUUUUAUGCAUUUAGAAUAUUUUAAAUAGUUGGAUAUUAAAAGCUGUAUGAGUUGUAAGUAAUCUUGCCAAAGGUUAAAAAACAAGGGGGUUGGAUGUAAGAAAUUGUACAUAAGAUUGAUUUAUCGCUGAUUCUUAUAGUAAGUAAUAUUGGGGGGGUGGAAAAAGGGGCUCUAGCUUGUUCUUGUAUCUGUUCAUUGUAAGUAGCAUAUUGCAACAACAAUCACAACCAAUAAGUCAUUAUAUUGUAGUUUUAAAUAAAGAAAAUUAAAGAACAGUAUUGCCAUGGUUUGAAAACCAUGGGAGAAUUUACUGUUUUUUAUUGGAAUCAGUCUACAUAUUCUAUAUAGUAUGGAUUUUUUUUCCUUUCAUAUAUUGCUGCAGUUUCUUUGUCUUAAUCUAUUGGUUCUAACACUACUGUGACAACUUACUGUCAUCAUAUCUACAUCCUGGGGCUGCCUGGGAAACCAUUUUAUGUUUGUCUGUCAAUAGUUCUUAGAGGUUUUUAACUUUGGUUUUAUUUUUUCCCACUGAUUUGUGAAACCUUGUGGUUAAGGCUGCAGCUGGUCCAGGUUCUGCCUCUGGUGACUUGUGAAAACCAUCUCAUUUUAACUUUACUUUUAAACUUUGGCCUUACAAGCAAAUGUAAGUUAUAUAUAUUUGUACUGAUGAUUUAUAAUCUGCUUUAACAGAAAUAAAUGUUGGUGGUAGAA